UACGCGCUCAUGACAUCAGCUGAGCGUAUAACCCACAAGAAAAGAAAGAGAAGAGAGAAGAAGUGUAUUUCCCUCUCAUAUAUAAUAAGCAAAGAUGGUGGUCUUCUUCCUCUUGUUGGUGGUUCUCUUUGCUCCUUCUUCUGCCUCCACUUCUAUUUCAGACUCUGUUUUCCAAUCCCAUCCUUCUACCAGCAGGAAUCUGCUUCAGGCUAAGAAAGCCUGUCCUGUAAACUUUGAGUUUAUGAACUAUACAGUCAUUACAAGCCAAUGUAAAGCACCCAAGUAUCCUCCUGAUAGCUGUUGUAAAGCAUUCAAGGACUUCGCUUGCCCUUAUGCAGAUAUCUUGAAUGACUUGACCAGUGAUUGUGCUGAUAACAUGUUCACCUAUAUUGGCCUCAAUGGGAGUUAUCCUUCUGGCCUUUUUGCCAGUGAAUGCCGGGAAGGCAAGGACGGGCUUGCAUGCCCUGCAACACCACCAUCACAGUCAGCUAAUACUAGUGAGAGUCAGAUUAUUUGUGGGCCAUCCUUAUUACUGAUGCUCACAUCUAUAUUUCUAGUGCUGUUACUUACACUUGUCUUGAAGGCUCCAAAUGUUGAUUCUUCUUUAAUGUUCCUGUAGUAGGUUUUUUUUUUAAUUAUUAGCUAUGGCAGAGCUCUAUGCGUUGUAAUUUUAUUGUGCUAGAGUUAAAAGCAUCCUUUAGGGAUUCCUAAAUUGAUUUUUAACAUAGGUUUGUGAUUUGUGUAUUGAUUGAUGAACGAUUAGAGCUUGGUUGUAUUGAUUGUAGAGCUUGGUUGUAUUGAUUGAUGAACGAUUCAAUCCUUAGACCUACAUGUAUUUGUCAUCAUAUAUUUGUACCAAUAUUUCUUGGGUA